AAGAAAGGAAAGCGGUGCGAGCGGAGGAGGCGACCGAAGCGCCACUUGCUUGAGUAGCGAAGCGCGAGAGCAAUGGCGUCGCUGUCGUGCGCCUCCACGCUGCCCUGGACCCCCGCCUCCUACCCGCGGCCCUCGGCGGGGCGCUGCCUCACGGCCUCUCGCCGGGCUCCGUCGCUGGUCAUCGUCGCCCAGGGGAAGGUCAAGAAGUACCGCCAGGUCAUAUUGACAGACGACAUAGAAGAGGUGGGGAAGAAAGGGGAUACACUGAAGGUGCGAGCUGGAUUCUACCGCAACUUCCUCCUUCCCAAGGGCAAGGCUACACUUCUGACCCCAGAAGUCCUCAAGGAAAUGCAGCUGGAGCAGGAGAGAAUAGAAGCUGAGAAGAAGCGGGUAAAAGAAGACGCGCAACAACUUGCUCGAGUUUUUGAAACCAUUGGCGCUUUCAAACUCCCUCGCAAAGGUGGAAAAGGAAAACAGAUCUUUGGGAGUGUCACGGCACAGGAUGUUGUUGACAUAAUAAAGUCACAACUUAAUAGGGAUGUCGACAAGAAGCUGGUGACGGUUCCAGAAAUCCGUGAAAUCGGAGAGUAUGUUGCAGAGAUCAAGCUUCACCCAGACGUGACAGCGCGAGUAAGGCUGAAUGUCUAUGCGAAAUGAGCUCAGCAGUUACAGAACCUCGAGUAAUGGACUUUGGAGAAGCCUGAUGUUUGCCAGUGCAGAGAUUUUGCUGCAAGUGCCAGGUGCUGCGGUAGACAUGAGGCCUGGUCUGGCCGUGACUUGCCUGGUUUUGAUACACAAUUCACUGGCUCACUGCGCAUCCUAUUCCCUACCGUGUGAAGUCAAGUUUUCAACAAUUAUAUCUGUUGAUUUUGAGGCGGAAAAUAUAAAUUGUUGUAAAGAACAAUUUGUUUGAACUGUAGAGCACUACUUCGCCAAAAA